UGCCCGCUAGCCCAUGCUCUCCAACUCACUAAGCUCUUGCCACCUUUCACGGUUCCCUUCUUGCCUUGCAGGUGUCAUCCGCUCCCUGCACGCCCUGGGCCGUCUGGAGCACGUGUACUGCACGGAGACGCGGCCCUACAACCAGGGGGCGCGGCUGACGGCCUACGAGCUGGUGUACGAACACAUCCCGGCCACGCUCAUCGCAGACAGCAUGGUCUCCGUGGCCAUGAAGGAGAAGGGCCUGUCGGCUGUCAUCGUGGGAGCCGACCGGGUGGUGGCCAAUGGCGACACGGCCAACAAAGUGGGCACCUACCAGCUGGCCAUUGCUGCAAAGCAUCAUGGGAUCCCCUUCUACGUGGCAGCCCCCAGCACCUCAUGUGAUCUGAGCUUGGCGGAAGGCUCCGACAUUGUGAUCGAGGAGCGUCCGAGCCAGGAGCUGACGGACGUCAAUGGCGUGAGGAUCGCAGCGCCAGGGAUCGGUGUUUGGAAUCCGGCCUUUGACGUCACGCCGCACGAGCUCAUCACCGGGGGCAUCGUCACGGAGUUCGGGGUCUUCCGCCCCGGCGAGCUGCGGGAGGCCCUCGCCGGGAAGUGAAAGCACAAUGAGGCCCUGGGGCCAGUAGCUCAUGCUGAGCAGGCGCGAGACUGUGGCUGGGGAUGGUGGGGCCUGGCUUGGAGCUUUGACGUCCUGAUAAUAAACCCCCGUGGGCCUUUCACGCCA